AUGGCGGACCCACCUCCGGGAGGGCCCGAACCCCCUCCCACAAACGCGCAAGAAACCACCGCCAACUUCACGGACGACGAUCUCGAAGCCAGUACCACCGUGGGAACCAGAAGAAGAACCCAAAAGAGAGAUGCGUUUGCCCCAUCGGAUCCCGCCAGUCGAAUCACCACCAAGGAGGUGUGGAAACUGAUCGGCACGCUGAAGGACGUCAUCCGACACCAGACGGCAGCCAUCACAGCCACUCAAAACGAACUCCACGAGAUCAAACACAACCAGAACGUGCUCCAGGAACAGAACGAGAAGCUCCACGAGGAAGUGAGAGGUUUGCGAGCGCAGAUCGAAAAUGCCCCCGCAGUAACUGCGCCCAAAACAUGGGCCGCAGUCGCAGCCAGCAGCGGUAGAACGACCACCCCCACGCGGAAUCACCAGCAACCCGAGAAAGAGCAAAACUGUGUCCGAAUCAGCACCCAGAGAACAUUUGUUGACCCAAGAGACAACGAAGACAACGGAGGUAAUGAAUUUGGACGGUAUCUCCCCACAAAUAUCGCCAACAACCACAUUCGCGCAGCACUACAGAGCGACACUGCGACCCAAGACGCCCAGGUGGCCGGCGUCGGGACCACAAAAACCGGUUACCUCAUUCGAUUCAAAAAUACGGAGUCGGCCGAGGCGGCGCGCAACAACACCGAAUGGCUACAAAACCUAGGCAAUAACACCAAGCUGGUCAAGCCACGGUUCGGGGUGGUGGUACACCGCACCCCUACUGAGGAAUUUGACCUGGAUACAGGGGCCAUCCAAGCUGCAGAGAAAAUCACGGGAGACAAUGACCUAGCGGAACACGGCUUCCGUAUCGAGGAGCUAGCAUGGAUGAAGGCCAAGGACAAGGCCUUGGGAAAGUUCGCAUCGCUGGGAAUCUGGCUCGACUCAGCCGAAGGGGCAGAACACAUGCUUCGCAAUGGAUUCCUUGUCAGCGAGCACUAUAUCCACCAUGUGGAACGCCGCGAUAUCAAGAAAAAGAGAUGCUAUCGAUGCCAACGCUUUGGGCACCUGGCAUGGACGUGCAAGGAAACGCCGCGAUGCGGACACUGCGCGGGGCAACACGAACGCGAGCGCUGCCCACCGGGAUGGCGAACACCCAACUGGCGACCGACAAUGCUCAAUGCCGGCGUCCACGAGCCCCGCCAGAUGUUAGAGAGAAAUCUCCGCAUCCUACAGUUGAACAUGAUGAAAUCAGGACCGAGAAUGGAAGCACUGAUCAACGACCGUCAAAGCCAAGACCUGGACGUCCUUCUGAUCCAGGAACCCUCCACCACGACGUAUCGCACACAUGUCAACCAUAGCGCCUGGAGACUAUAUCGACCCACUGCACAGCUCGAUGCUGUCCGGUUUCGCAGCCUGAUCUACGUCAACAGAAGAGUCUCCACAUCCUCUCAUCGCCAAAUACCAUGCGACCACCCAGAUGUUGCUGCCAUCAAGAUCUGGACCGCCAACUCUCAAAUACUUGUCUAUUCUGUCUACAUACCGCCGGUGCCCCUUUUCACCGGCAACGACGCAUCGGGAUUGCCUGCGCUUACUGCAAUCCAAAGCUCCAUCGCAACGGCUACUCAAGAUGAGCCACGGUCAACCGCCAUCAUUGUGUCCGGCGACUUCAAUCGACACCAUCCGAUGUGGGGCGGCAACCACAUUGCACCCAGGUUUAUCGAAGACGCCAGCGACCUUAUCGACUUCUUUCAAACGCACCGUCUCCAGAGCUGCCUCCCUCGAGGCACGGCAACAUACUGGGCCCUCAGCAACCCGGGACAAAACUCGACCAUCGACCAGACAGCAACAGACCGCCCGGACUUGCUAAUCAAAUGUCACCUAUACCACGAGAACUACGGCUCGAACCACCGCGCGACAUACUCGGAAUGGAACCUGCAACCCCAGACCAAACCGAAGACCCGAGGAAGGAAAGCCUACGAGCGAGCGGACUGGACCAAAAUCGGCGAGGAAAUCAUCAGGCUGAUGGGCCCAUGGGCAGAGAUUAAGACCCGACCAACACUCGACAGGAUUGUGGAGAAACUCACGUCCGUCACGGCCCAAGCAGUCGACCGAUUCACACCCGACACCCGACCAACGCCAUACUCCAAAAGAUGGUUUACCCCAGAGCUCAAAGUGCAGCAAGUAGAAGUCAACCGGCUACGGCGAAAAUGGCAAGCGAACUGCGCAAACCUCGGACGAGAACACGCCCAGACGAUGGCCGCCUUUCAGGCUAUGCAAGAGAAACGACGAGCAUGGACUCGAACCAUCGAAAAAGCGAAAGCUGCACACUGGAAACAAUUCUUGGACGAGGCAGGCGAGGGGAAACUCUGGAAAGCCGCGACGUACAUGAAACCCCGGGAAAAAUGGGGCUGCAUCCCAGCACUGCAAUUGGGUUCGGAGGAAAUCACUAGGAAUGAAGACAAAGCGAAAGCAUUUCUCGACGCAUUCUUCCCCGCGAUGAAUACACCAGAUCCCGACCCGCCGACCUCUCCACUCCUGGAGCUACCGUGGCCCCCGAUCACGGAAAUAGAAAUUGAACGCUCACUGAGGUCCACGAGAGGAACGACAGCGCCAGGCGAGGACAACCUGCCAAUGCUGGUUUGGAAAAACCUAUGGGUACACCUCAAGGUCAUAAUUGUUCGCAUCUUCACGACGUGUGCCACUCUAGGACACCACCCCAAACAAUGGCGGAGUGCGAAGAUUGUUGUUUUACGGAAACCAGGAAAACCAGAUUACUCAGUGCCAGGCGCGUAUCGACCGAUAUCACUCUUGAACACACUCGGCAAGAUCUUGGAGGCAGUAGUGGCCCGGCGGUUAUCCUACCUCGCAGAGAAACACGACUUACUCCCAAACUGCCAGUUUGGGGGGCGGCCGGGCAGAACCACAGAGCAAGCCUUACUGGUACUCGCUAAUGCAAUCGACAAAGCAUGGUACAGACACAAGGUGGUGACACUGAUCGCAUUCGACCUCAAGGGCGCCUUCAACGGGGUGAACUGGGUAAGUCUGGAUGCCUCGUUACAGGCAAGGGGAAUCCCAAGGGCAGCAAGGAAGUGGAUCGCCAGUUUCAUGGGCGAUCGACACGCCAACAUUGGAUUCGACGACUUCCGAACCGAAACCAGACCCCUGGCGAACACGGGCCUGGCGCAAGGAUCACCUCUCUCUCCCAUCUUGUUCGCUUUAUUCAACGCCGACUUGGUGGACCAGCCCGUCGACCACCACGGAGGCGCAUCGGCCUUCAUAGACGACUACUUCCGAUGGCGCGUGGGCUAUUCAGCCGAGGAAAACCUAGCCAGAAUUCAGUCCGAGGAUCUUCCCCGCAUCGAGGAAUGGGCGCGACGAACCGGAUCCAGUUUCUCAUCGGAGAAAACCGAGCUCAUCCACCUCACCAGGAAGAAGGGAGAGCACUCAGUCGGGAAGGUCACCUUCAAUGGAACCGACAUCAAACCAUCGCCGACAGCCAAGUUGUUGGGAGUGGUGUUCGAUCACGGUCUCCGCUGGAAAGAACACAUCCAGCAGGCCAUCAAACGCGCCACCAAGACAGCCAUCGCCCUGAACGGGCUCCGGCACCUACGGCCGGAACAAAUGCGACAGCUCUACCAAGCAUGCGUUACACCCACUCUAGACUACGCAUCAACGGUCUGGCAUGACCCACUCCGGGACAAAACACAUCUCCGCCACUUGAACACUGUCCAGAGAACCGUAUUGAUCCGAGUCCUAUCGGCGUUUCGAACAGUAGCGACAGCAACGCUGGAAGUGGAGACCCAUGUCGUCCCCACGCACCUCCGUCUCCGACACCGAGCGCAAUGCACCAUAGCGAGAUUACACACACUACCACGCGACCAUCCAAUCUGGAACGCACUGUCACGCGCCCAGAAUCGUAGAAAUAACGUGGGAUCGUACGCGCGCUUCCCCUUAGCAGAGGCGAUGAAGACCAUGGACGUCGACAGGCUCAACGAGCUAGAGACGAUCGACCCACGCCCACUGCCACCCUGGCGAACGAAGGCCUUCCUUGAAAUCGAACUCGAGCGCGAUCGAGAGACAGCGAGAGAAAGAGCAGAGUCCACGAGGGAGACAUCCGAGGUCGUUGUUUACUCGGAUGCGUCUGGGCGCGAGGGCCACCUGGGAGCGGCUAUUGUCACGCUCAAUGGUGACAAAGAGGUAUUGGAAUCUCGCCAGGUACAGGUGGGCCCGAUGGACCGCUGGUCGGUUCACGUGGCAGAGCUCAUUGGCAUAUUCUACGCGGUGGACAUGGUGUUCAUGCUGGUCCAUCAACGUACCGACCGGGAGGACGGACCUGUGUCAACAGCAACAAUCCUAUGCGACAGCAGAUCAGCCCUACAAGCAAUCGAGAACCCACGUAACCGAUCCGGACAACGCAUCGUCCACGCAAUCACACAGGCGGCCUCCGAGGUCCAGGCAGCGAACGUCAAGCUCCGCCUCCAAUGGGUGCCAGGACAUUGCGAGAACGUCGGAAACGACGCAGCGGAUCGCUUGGCGAAGGAAGCAGCACAGCCUGGUAAAACCCAUCCUUUUCGACCGCUACUGUCGAGAGAGACCGCAUUGGUCCGCAGCAAAAUCCAUGCCCAAUGGGAGCAAGAGUGGAAAACAAGCAUCAAGGGUGCCCAUCUCCGGCAGAUAGACAGCGGCUUACCGGCGCGGCACACGAGAAAGCUCUACGGCAACUUGCCAAGGAGUCGCGCCUAUCUGCUGACGCAGCUACGCACGGGCCACAACUGGUUAUCUACCUACGCAAAGAAGUUCGGCUUCCGCGAUGACGACCUAUGCGAAUGUGGAACACGGGAGACAGUUGCCCACGUAUUAUUGGAAUGCCUCAGACUACGAGAGCUGAGGAUAGAAUUGAGGAGGAAAAUUGGAGGCACGCUGAGCGGCGUGUCGAGCCUGCUGGGAGGCUCAACCGAAGGUGACAAAGGUAAACCAGACACCGUCUCGAGGGCGAAGACGGUUCAGGCCGUUUUGGACUUUGCCGAGGCGUCACAGCGGUUUCGCAGUCGUGCGCCAUGA